AUGAAUGACGAAAAUCAAUCCUUGCAACAAGAAGAACUCCUUGCACUGACAUCAAUUUUUGGAACAGACUCAUUUAAAGUUAACAAUAUCAAUGAAUUAGAAGAAUUCAAAUCAUAUUCUUUUAAAUUAUCUUUAGAAAAUGAAUCUGCCUCUACUUCCCAAUCAAAUCGUUCAGAGAAUUCACUUACGUUGCAAUUCUAUCUUCCACAAAAUUAUCCCUCUUCGAAACCGACGUACGAAAUAACGAGUCUAUACUGUGGAACUUUAAAAAUUGAUAAUAAAUUAAGAAAUGAGAUUGACGAAAAAUUUAAAGAAUUGUUUGUUCCGGAUGAAUCCACGGAUUUUCCCAUGAUAAAGUCAGGUGAACCGUUAGAACACAAGAAAUCUGUAUUUAUAGCUCAUUUGGCGUCAGUGCAUAACGUGCAAGAGGUGCAAAUUGUUAGGAAUACAUUAUUAUCAAACAAAAAAGUUGCUAAGGCAACACAUAAUAUAAUGGCAUAUAGGAUUGUGCAAGAGAAUGGGGUGAUAUUACAAGAUAAUGACGAUGAUGGAGAAGCUGCAGCUGGUAGUAGGUUGCUUCAUUUAUUACAAAUUCUUGAUGUUAAAAAUGUAAUAGUAAUUGUUUCAAGGUGGUAUGGUGGUAUAAAACUGGGACCAGGUUAG